ACAAAAAUCCGCCUAUAAACUACUCUUCUUUCUUUCUUUCUUUCUUCUGCAUAGCUAUAUUAAUCUCAAGCAUGACGAGUUCUUGGCAUAGGGUGAACUAUGCAACGCCGAGAAGCUUUGGCACAUCACUAAAAGCAAACCUAAAAGAAACAUUUUUUCCAGAUGAUCCAUUCCAUGAAUUCAAGAAUGAGCCACUUUCACGUAGAAUUCUAAAGGGGACUCAAUACUUUGUUCCAAUUUUUGAAUGGUUACCAAAGUACAGUUUGAAGCUCUUCAAGUAUGAUCUUCUUGCUGGAAUCACUAUUGCUAGCCUUGCCAUCCCUCAAGGGAUAAGCUAUGCAAAGCUCGCAAACAUUCCUCCAAUCAUUGGACUUUAUUCGAGCUUUGUUCCUCCUCUUAUUUAUGCGGUUUUUGGAAGUUCAAAGCACCUUGCUGUAGGGACAGUGGCUGCUUGCUCGUUGCUUAUUGCAGCAACCAUUGAGGAAAAAGUGAAGGCUAACGAUAAUAUGCCUCUCUAUCUCAGUUUGGUCUUCACCGCCACUCUUUUCGCUGGUUUGGUUCAGACUGCUCUGGGUUUGCUAAGACUUGGGAUUUUGGUAGAUUUUCUAUCACAUUCAACCAUAACUGGAUUUAUGGGAGGGACAGCAAUAAUUAUUUGCUUGCAGCAACUAAAGGGCAUGCUUGGUUUGAAACAUUUCACUACCCAUACUGAUGUGGUCUCUGUCUUACGUGCUAUCUUCCACAACAGAAAAGAGUGGAAGUGGGAGAGUGCCGUUGUUGGUAUAAUCUUCCUUAUUUUCCUGCAAUUCACUAGAUUUGUGAAAAACAAGAAACCAAAGCUAUUUUGGGUUUCAGCCAUAGCUCCAAUGGUAACUGUCAUAGUUGGUUGCCUUUUCGCUUACUUCGCCCAUGCUGAAAAACAUGGCAUCCAAAUCGUUGGACAUUUGAGUAAAGGAAUAAAUCCUUCAUCCAUUCAUCUCUUAAAUUUCAAUCCGAAGUACAUAUCAGCACCUAUAAAAGCAGGAGUCAUCACAGCAGUGAUUUCUCUAGCUGAAGGAAUAGCCAUUGGACGGAGUUUUGCCAUCAUCAGAAAUGAACAAGUUGAUGGCAACAAGGAAAUGAUUGCCAUUGGUCUCAUGAACAUUUUUGGAUCUUUGGCUUCAUGCUACUUGACCACCGGGCCAUUUUCUAGAACAGCAGUGAACUUCAACGCCGGAUGCAAGACAACAAUGUCAAACGUGGUAAUGUCAAUAUGCAUGAUGCUAACAUUGUUGUUCUUGGCUCCUCUGUUUAGUUACACGCCCCUCGUCUCUCUCUCCGCGAUCAUCAUGUCUGCAAUGCUUGGGUUAAUUGACUAUGACAAGGCCUACCACCUCUUCAAGACCGAUAAGUUUGAUUUCUACAUUUGUAUGACUGCUUUUAUUGGGGUUGCCUUCAUAAGCAUGGACAUCGGCCUAAUGUUAUCUGUUGGACUUGCCUUAAUCAGAGCACUUCUAUAUGUAGCAAGGCCAGCAACUUGUAAGCUUGGAAGCGUACCAGAAGCUGGACUGUAUCGCGACAUAGAGCAAUAUCCUACAGCAAAUGGCAUCCCAGGAAUUUUAAUUCUCAAGCUUUCUUCUCCUAUAUACUUUGCAAAUUGCAAUUACAUCAGAGAAAGGAUUCUUAGAUGGAUCAGAGAUGAGCAUUCACGUACCGAUUCUAAAGGAAAUGAAAUUGAAUACUUGUUACUAGAAUUAGGAGGUAUUACAUCGAUUGAUAUAACGGGUGUUGAAACGUUAUUAGAAAUUCAAAGGUGCGUAGAAGCAAAAGGGAUCAAGAUGGUUUUGGUUAAUCCGAGGCUGGGAGUCACGGAAAAGUUAAUAGUAACAGAGUCGAUAAGCACCAUUGGAAAAGAAUAUGUGUUCUUAACAAUUGAAGAUGCAAUUGAUGCCUGCAAAUUUUCACUCAAAUGUUCGGAUCAGAUGAAAAGAGAAAAAUCUUGAAAUAGUUUAACAUUUUCAUUGUGACAGCUGAAAAUGCACAAUACUCAAUGAUGCUGAUGGGCCCAUUGGAUAGCCCACAAAGAUGUGAAGCCCAGUCGGCUGUAUGAAGGAAAGCCAAUACAAGAAAAAUAGGCUAAUGCUUAUUUAUGGAAGCAGCUUAGAAAUUCCAAGUCAUCCAUGAUUUCUAUCAAGUACUACUGAAGAUCUUUCUUUUGUAUCAAAGGAAAGGAAAUCACUUGAAGAAGGAAGCCACCACCUAGCAAUCAAGGAAGAUAUAAUCAAGAUCAAACAAAUCCGCUUCAACAAGGAAACAAGCACCAAGACCAGCCAUCUCGGCAACAUGAAGAUUGAACACAUGGAAAUUAAGGAAGGAAAUUAUGCCGCAGUAAAAGCUCUAACCUUAUUCUUGGAAAAUAGGAUUCCUUAUUCCUUUUACUAAGGAUCAACACUCUUGGGUUGUCAUCUCUGCUAAAGAGCCUCUACCGUCAUCAACAAGUAUUUAAAGGCUCUAUUGGAGACGAAGAAAGGAUAUACCUUCGUCUCAACUUCUCGAAGCUCUUUACUUUACUUUUCAUAAGCAUUGUAUUUUUGAGUAAUUUAUAGUGUAAACAAAAAAGAAAUGAGAGAUAUAGUAUAGUUGGUGAGGCAUUGUAUAAAAAUAUUAAGAGUGCUUGAGUGUAGACAUAGGAGCUCCAUUCAAACCAACCAUUGUACCAAACUUAUAUGAAGAGCUGCAGAGAACACCCUUGCAACCCAAGGGGACUGAAGUAGGAUUUACAUUGAGUCCUAACUAGUAUAAAAUAUCCGGUGCCA